GGGGAAGUAAUGGCCGUACCCUUUAACACGGGAUUGCAAUAUCCCCUCAGCCCGGACCUGUCAACGGCCUCUCUCUCUGCCAAGCCGGCCACCAGCUUGUAAGCUUUGGUGAACCAAGUCCCAGCCAACAUGGGUAAGGAGAAGGUCCACAUUAACAUCGUGGUGGUGGGCCACGUAGACUCUGGCAAGUCUACCACUACUGGCCAUCUCAUCUACAAAUGCGGUGGCAUUGACAAGCGAACCAUCGAAAAGUUCGAGAAGGAGUCUACAGAGAUGGGUAAGGGAUCCUUCAAGUAUGCCUGGGUGUUGGACAAGCUGAAGGCCGAGCGUGAGCGUGGCAUCACCAUCGACAUCGCUCUCUGGAAGUUUGAGACCAAGAGGUUCUAUGUAACAAUCAUCGACGCUCCCGGCCAUCGUGAUUUCAUAAAGAACAUGAUCACUGGAACAUCCCAGGCAGAUUGUGCCGUGCUGAUUGUGGCUGCAGGAACGGGAGAGUUCGAGGCUGGCAUCUCCAAGCACGGUCAGACCCGAGAGCACGUACUGCUGUGCUUCACUCUGGGUGUCAAACAACUAGUAGUUGCCAUCAACAAGAUGGACAGCACUGAGCCAAAGUAUUCAGAGGCUCGCUUUGAGGAAAUCAAAAAAGAAGUAGGGAAUUACGUGAAGAAGGUCGGAUAUAAUCCAGCUAUUGUACCCAUCCUCCCUAUUUCUGGCUUUAAUGGUGACAACAUGCUGGAACCCUCAGACAACAUGCCCUGGUGGAAAUCGAAGAAGAUUGAGCGUAAGAGUGGAUCCUACGAGUACCUGACCCUCUUUGAUGCUCUGGACAACAUCGAGCCUCCUGCAAGACCAACGGAAAAGCCUCUUCGUCUGCCCCUGCAGGAUGUCUACAAGAUCGGUGGUAUUGGUACAGUGCCCGUAGGACGUGUAGAGACUGGCAUCCUCAAACCUGGCAUGGUAGUUACUUUUGCUCCAAAUGGCCCCACCACUGAAGUCAAGUCUGUUGAGAUGCACCACGAAGCCCUAGUGGAAGCUGUCCCAGGUGACAACGUUGGCUUCAACGUGAAGAACGUUUCCGUUAAAGAUCUGAAACGUGGUUUUGUUGCUUCUGACUCAAAGAAUGAUCCAGCCAAGGAGGCCCAAGACUUCACUGCCCAGGUGAUCGUCUUGAACCACCCCGGCCAGAUCAAUGCUGGGUACACGCCUGUGCUCGACUGCCACACUGCUCACAUUGCCUGCAAGUUCUUCGAACUGCUGGAAAAGAUUGACAGACGUACUGGUAAGGUCUUAGAGCAAUCUCCCAAGAGCAUAAAAUCCGGAGAUUCAUGCGUUGUAAAAAUGGUACCCAGCAAACCGAUGUGCGUAGAAACCUUCCAGCAAUAUGCUCCACUUGGACGUUUUGCGGUACGCGACAUGAAGCAGACGGUUGCUGUGGGCGUAAUUAGGGAGGUAACAAAGAAAGAAGGCUCUGGUAAGACCACAAAGGCAGGUGAAAAGGCACUCAAGAAGAAGUAACUAUCUGUGGAGGGCCGCCAGGGCCUGGUGCGUGCAGAGGGCACGAGGAGCUCCCUGCUUGGUUCACCCAAUACUCUUAUAUGCCACAGGAAAGUCGUCAGGAGGAAAGAUGCCCUUCAGACUAGGGCAUUUUUUAUUAUUUCUUGCUGUACCAUGUGGCAUUUUAUGAAUAAAUUAUCAUUGAUAAUAUA